AUGGUGUCGAUCAAGAAUUUGGUGUUUGGACUGUCGACUGCGGGACUUGCGCUUGCGCAGUCGACGUGUUCGAAUCUUCAGGUUCGAAGUGAGGGGGAACCAGCUGGUGAGAUUAGGAAUAUUGGUGGUUUCCCAACCUACCUCUCCUACCCGAGCAACACCACGAAAGCUACAAAAGCCAUCCUCUACAUCUCCGACAUCUUCGGUAUCCCGCGGCCAGAAAACCGCCUCCUCGCCGACUCCCUCGCCGCAAAUGGCUACCUCGUCGUCAUGCCCGACAUCUACUACAACGACUCCAUCCCCGUCGACACUGAUGAGUCCACUCUCGACCUAUCAUCAUGGCUCCCCAAUCAUCCCCCAGAAGGCGUCGACGCCGUUAUCAACUCCACACUCUCCUAUAUGCGCGGUGAGUUGGGUAUGCAGCGCAUUGGCGCAGUGGGCUACUGUUUCGGGGGCAAGUUUGUACCGAGAUGGUUGAGGGAGGACGAGGGUCUUGUGGAUGCUGGAUUCAUUGCGCAUCCGAGUUUUAUGUUGGAUGAGGAUCUGAUGGGUGUGGUUGGUGGAUUGAGUAUUGCAGCUGGGAGUUAUGUUGCAAGGGGCGGUGAUGGUGAUUAUGAUGAGCAUCAUGACGGGGAUGACAAGGCUAAUAUGUACACUCAAACAGCCGACGACCCAUUAUUCAACACAACUCAAGUCGCACGCGCAGAGGAGAUCCUAGCAGAAAGAAACUCGACCUUCCAAGUCAACCUCUACGCCCUAGCCCAACACGGUUUCGCCGUCAAAGUCAACGCCAGCAUGCCCGCGCACGUCUUCGCCAAGCAAGCUAGCUUCGUGCAGGCCGUCACUUACUUCGACAUGUGGUUGUAA